GUUGAGAGCUCUGAAACAAAAGUAAAAUGUCACUUCGCGUGAAAAUUAUCGCUAGUGGAAAACCGGCUUAACGCUGUUGUUAAGCGAGGCAGAAUUUGAUGGACGUUCGGGCGUAUGUUGAUGUAGGUUUUCAAGCGAUAACUAUUUUACUUCACAACAACGGUUAUGCAUGGGAACACAUACAGCACUAUUUUAAGAGCUUAUUUUCUCGACAAUGCUUUCAUAAAAUUAACAUAUAACGCCUGUUCACAAAGUAUUACCUCCUCAUAUCAAAGUAUAACUGUAGCCAUACCGUCUAUAGAACAUGUUAAUUCUAGAAGGGUUUCAAGUGUAGACGUACGUGUGUUUUAUGUUGAUUCAAAAGCAUAUUCAGUUGUUUAACAACUCUUGCGGUUGCAACAUGGUUCGUAAUCGAGACUUCAGUUUUCGACUCUUUUAUCGAGUCGCUUUCUUUUUCUUCUGUUUGUUGUUUGUCUGUUUUUAUCGUGGUGAUCGUGGUUUUGGACUUAUCACGGGAGAGAUCAAAACGGGAUCAAGGAAAUUGAGAGAAGAAUUUAACGACACGCCCUCAACACGUAAAAUUUCAAACGAAUCCAUUCCCGACACAACAGAAAAUUCUGAACAGAUUGAUGUCGACAAGACGGAAGAAGAAACUGGUCUUCAAGAGAUAAGAAAAGAGAUUGCAGUUGAAACAAAGCGAAGUUAUGAAAUAGGAAAGAAACAAGUGGUUCCUUUUUCAACUUCUUCACUGCCUAAAUGGAAAUAUCCCACUAUGAAACCAGGCAUCAUUGCUCAUGUAAAUCAGACGAAAUGGGACAAUUAUAUCAAAAUGAACCUAUACUCGUUGAGCCGCCGAUUUUCUCAUCCUUACAACUUCUCAACAAGGCAGCACAACCGGAACAGACGACACAUUGAUGCAAUCACAAGAAAUAAGACAGGUUUGAUCGACUGCGCGAAUUCUACCUUUACUAUAAAAUAUGAAGAUGAUUACAGAGUGUGGAACAACUUCUCAAUCAUGUACCAAGGUAAAAUAUACCAUUAUGACCAGUACAGAGUCACAAAGGAAGGUCUAGAAGUUUGUAAUUCUUCCAAACCUCUUAUGCAACUAAGAUGGCAAAAUUUGACUAUCAUUGAGAAGGAAAAGAUGGCUUCCAGACAUUGCAAUGUAUCCGUGGAUGGUUUUCCAAGGCCAGAUUACAAUGUAUAUAAAAAUUUAACUGUUUUCUUCAAACUCACCAAGCAAAAUUUUCUACAGACAGAUUACGGGGUAAUUUUCGGACGUUUGGCAAUUUGUUCGGCGAAGCUCAGUCUAUCCUGUGAUGAUUAUUUGAUUAAAGUAAAGUACGGGGGACAAUACCAGAUUUGGAAAAAUUUUUCGUUGUCUUACAACAACAAGAUAUAUAAUUACAGCGAAUAUCGAUUCAACUACGAAAGUAUUGAGAUGUGUGCUUCCGACGAUUCAAAAAUUCCGACGAUUUGGAGAUCUCGGAAUUCGUGGGAGAACGUGAAAGACAGGUAUAAAUGCCUUGCCCAAGGUGACCAUUACAUAAAGAGGCCGUUUUACAUUUACAAUAUUCAGAUCAAUAUAACUGUACUGAGGAGCGGUCAAUAUCUCACAGGACAUGACUAUGAAGUGAAAGACGGCGAACCUUUCGUAUGUGAAGGAAGAUUAAGACCAGAAACAACAGAGUCCACCAAGGAAGAUCUAUUAUCAUGCAACGAUUCAAUCAUCAGUAUAAAAUACGAUGAUGAAUACAAAGUUUGGAAUAACUUUUCAAUACUCUAUAAGAACAAGGUGUAUGAUUAUACUGAGUAUCGAGUUCUGAAUGAUAUCAUAAAGAUUUGUAACUCCUCUGAUGACGACGUACGGAAUAUUUGGAAAAUACGUAAUCGGUGGGUAAAGAGGGUAAGGUCUUUUAAAAUUUGUAAUGAAGCCUUCCGCUUAAAUAAAUAUUAUGUGGUGAGCAAGCAGUUCCAUAUCUUCUGGGCACACAGUUGUCAAUAUUUUAAAAAAAAUAGAUAUGGGGUGGUGGACGGUAAACCUUAUGUAUGCACGAAAAUUAUUAAAUGGAACUGUGUAUCAACCAAGGAAUAUCUUUUAACAUGCCAAGAUUCAAUCAUCAAUAUAAAAUACGAUGAUGAAUACAAAGUUUGGAAUAACUUUUCAAUACUCUAUAAGAACAAGGUGUAUGAUUAUACUGAGUAUCGAGUUCUGAAUGAUACCAUAAAGAUUUGUAACUCCACUGAUGACCACGAACGGAAUAUUUGGAAAAUGCGUAAUUAUUGGAUAAAGUGGGGAAUGUCUUUAGAAGCAUGUAAUGAAGACCUCCAAUUAUUUUAUUAUGUUGUCAGCAAGCAGUUUGAGCUCUACUCUGCUGCAAAUGCUCAAUACUUGGCCAGAAAUGACUAUGGGGUGGUAAGAGGUAGACCAUACAUGUGCAAAAGAAAAUUGAGACCUGUAUCAACAGAAUAUACCAAGGAAGAUCUAUUAACAUGCAACGAUUCAAUCAUCAAUAUAAAAUACGAUGAUGAAUACAAGAUUUGGCAGAAAAGAAACUUUUCAUUACUUUAUAAGAACAAGGUCUAUGAUUAUACUGAGUAUCGAGUUCUGAAUGAUACCAUAAAGAUUUGUAACUCCACUGAUGACUACGUACGGAAGAUUUGGAAAAUGCGUAAUUACUGCGUAAAGCUCUUCACAUACUUUGAAAUUUGUGAUGAAUCCAUUAUCACAAAGACGAAGCGAGGGUAUUUCUCUCUACUGAAAAACGUGAGGUUGCAGGAAAUCACAAAGACGUACAAGAGAGGAGAUUUCUCUUUUUUUGCGAAACCAGAUUGGCAGAAUAUCACGAAGAGUAAAAGUCCAGGAAAUAUAUCUGUGCUGGAAAUGGAAAAGCUGCAGAAAACGUUGGAGGAAUUAAAGCGAAAAUUUCCCACUCUAUUGAGAGAUGUAAAGUUGAGAAGAAGCCCUAUGACAUAUGGCGUAGUGGAGGGUAAAUUCAUAUCAUGUGAUAAAAAACGAAUAGAACGUAAUAUAUCAGAUAUUAGACUGUCUUUCAUAGCACCAUUUUGUGCUUUGGCUCUCUCAAUUAUUUGUUUAUUAUUGUUGUUGAUAGUUUAUGGUAUGCUUCCAGAGUUGCGAACUCUUCCUGGUUUGAAUUUGAUGAGUUUAAGUAUCUCCUUUCUCUUGGCAUUGAUUAAUUACGUAGUGUAUUUGUCACUGUAUUUACGUGUUGGUAAAGAAUUGGAUUUCCCAUGUGCUAGAAUGGAAAUAAUAAAUAGGUUUAUUACAUAUAACAUACUCAUGAAUGCUGCUGUUAAUAUCUAUCACUUGAGAAAAACCUUUUGCCGCAAUACUCUGGUGAGAUCUGAUGUAAACAAGUUGAAAACCUUCUUUAAGUACAGUCUCUUUGGCUGGGGUGUUCCUGUCGUUAUAACUAUUGUCUACAUUGUUCUUGUGAAGACGGGAAUCUUGAGGUUUCAUCAGAAUACUCUGGGAUCAGUUUCUUGUGUUAAGGAUCAUAUUUUUCCCAGUUGGCUGGUUGUUGUUGAGAAUUAUAGUGUUCCAGGCUGUCUUUUGUUGUACAUCAUUACAAUGUUCAUCUUCACAGCUUAUCGAAUUCGCAAAAAACUCAGAGCAAGCAACAGCAUUGUACAAAGAUCAAACAUUGUUAAGAAUCGCAGAAGCUUUUUCUUGUUAUUUAAGUUGUCAACCACUACAGCCAUCAGCUGGAUUCCUCUUGUAUUUGAAGAUUUAGUGUUUAAUUCUGACCUAAUGAUAGCAUUACUGACGGUGGCGUGGCUUACUGGUGUUUAUGUUGGAAUUGCGUUUGUCUUCACUCGAAAAAAUUACCAGCUGCUUAGGAAGAAAUAUUUUAGUGAGCAAGUCAGCAAAUGAGGGAGCGAGCAAGAUUUUAAUUCAGUGAAUAUUAGUGACUGUAAAAGUAUGUAGUUCAGUAAUAUUUUUUGCAUGAAGGUUUCUUUGUAUAAAAAUAUAUCUCAAUUAUCACGUAUUUGGUCCCUUAAGAUUUAGAUAUGGUCAGUCUGUGAGUAAGCAAAGGAGAGGAGUAGUCAUGAAGUAUAUAGAAUUGAACAAGUGUGUACCUAGAGUUAACAAGAAAUGCAUAUCUAUGCCUAUUCUGGUUAAUACUAGAUUAGACCUGUACAGUUUUAAGACAAUAUAGUCUGUAUAUUAAAAAGCAAAGUAAAUAAAGCUAUAUUAAGCAUAUUAUUAGCUAUAUUAUAUGUAACUGGUCAAGAUUUAAACUUUGACAUCAACUAUAUGUAAUAAUAUAUCAAUUAGUAAUGUAUAGAGGUUGUGUGUUGUAAGUCAUUGUAGCAUGUAAAAUAAAGUAAAUCACAAGAAGAAAAUCGUGUGUGUUUUGUUUCAUAUAGAGUCUGUCAGAGAAGCGCAUG